AAACAAUCGAUCGCAACAUGGACGACAAGAUGGAGUUCUCCACGUCCAAGGAGGUCACCGUGGCGCCCACCACCAAAACCGUAGCCGUCGUGGCAGACCGCCUGUUUCGUUUCGGACGACUCAGGCCCACUGUUGAUAUAACAAGCGUAAAGCUUAUCGCCCCCUCGGCGAUGCAAUCCACAACGGGAUUGUGUUUUGAGUGUGAGGAAGAGUUCGAGGUGGUCUUGCUGUUUGGACAGGGUUGAGCCGCGGCAUCCAGAAUCGCAAGGAUGAAUCGGCCCUAAGCGCGCAGCGCGUGCGCGCGACGCGUCUCCCAAACGAACACUGUGGGUUGGCCUUGACGACGUACAACAUCAUAUCCGCGAUCCAACAAUACCCACAACCAACCCUACUGAUCACCGCCCUAACGCUGUCCUGCACCGUGCGACACUCACCAUGAUAGCCAUACAAUCCGCCAGCGCAAAGAAAUGCACCCCAAACCUCCUCCCCGCCCGCCUCAACCACAACGGGCCCGUAAACGACACAGCGCACUACUGGAAGCCCGAGGUAGACGACAAAGGAACAUCCCACGCCUACCUCCGCGGCCGCCAUCUGCACGGUACCCCUCUCGCCCUGCCUUCAACACACACCGGCGCCGUCCUGCAAAUAACAGAUAAGAAUCUACCACAGAUGCGAACUCAACCCGCGGACGACGAAGAUGACGAGGGCGAGCAGGAGACUGUGGAAGUCAAGGUUGCAGAGCAGAUAGGUGAAUUCGAAGAGGUGGUGGUCUGGGGGCACGGCGGGCAGGUCGAGGAGGGACAGGACAUGUUCAUUAGGGGGAUGAAGGAGUGGAUGGGGUUUGCGGAGGCUAUGCAUGGAGAGGACGAGGACGAAGGCGCCGAAGGCGAGAAGAAAGCAAGUUGAACAAGAGAAGAGUGCAUGAACAGACCAAUGCCCUCACUGAGAAGAAGGAAGCCCAAACAUAGGACAACGCCACUUCCAAGCGGCAUGCUGUGGAUAUACCCCGGCAUUACCCGAAGAUGUCACCGGGAAGACAUGACAGCUAGCUUGAGGAAAGAGCAAGCGGCGCGGAAGGCGCAAGACCGAGAGCGG